CACACACAUAAUGAAUCCGGCAACUGAAAACCAACUACCACAAAACACCACUCAAAACCCAUUACAAUUUACACUCCAUCUUCCCCAAUCCGACCAUAACCCUAACCCUAACAGUAAUGUUAACCGAUUACUCUCACUCGGCAUCCCCCGAAAACGACGUCGUGGCAGACCUUCUUCUAAUCAGGUAUUCAAUCCCAAUGCCCCACCCCCCAAUAAUACUAAUAAUUUUAAUUCUAAUUCAAAUUCAAACCCUAAUAAUUUAAAUAGUAAUAAAAUAGAUGUAUCUGAUGAAAUAAUUGUUAUAAAUAAAGAAGCUACUUCUGAAGCUUUACUUGCUUUAACUGCUGGUUUCCCUGCUGAUAUUUUAACUGAACAAGAAAUCGAUGCCGGCGUUGUCUCGGUUAUCGGCGGUAUCGAACAGGUUAAUUAUAUAUUGAUUAGGAAUCAUAUUAUUACAAAGUGGAGAGAAAAUGUGUUUAAUUGGGUUACUAAAGAUAUGUUUCUUGAUGUUGUGCCUUCACAUUGUGUUAAAUUGUUGGAUUCUGCUUAUAAUUAUUUAGUUUCGCACGGUUAUAUUAAUUUCGGAGUGGCACCCGUUAUUAAAGAUAGGAUUUUUAGUUCAGGGAGUGGGGCAGGGAGUGUGAUUGUGAUUGGGGCGGGGCUAUCGGGUUUGGCUGCUGCUAGACAGUUAAUGAGUUUUGGGUAUAAGGUUACGGUUUUGGAAGGUAGGAAAAGGGCGGGCGGGAGGGUUUAUAGUAAGAAAAUGGAAGGCGGGAAUAGGGUUGCGUUUGCUGAUUUGGGAGGGAGUGUUUUGACGGGUACGCAUGGGAAUCCGUUAGGGAUUUUGGCUAGGCAGUUGUCGUAUAGCUUACAUAAGAUUAGGGAUAAAUGUCCGAUUUAUAGAGUGGAUGGUCAACCGGUUGAUUCGGAGGUUGAUGGGAAAGUUGAGGUUGCGUUUAAUCAGCUUUUGGAUAAGGCGAGUAAGCUUAGGCAGUUGAUGGGUGAGGUUUCGCAAGAUGUUUCGCUUGGUGCUGCGUUGGAGACGUUUUGGCAGAUUGAUGGUGAACCUUCGAAUUUGGAGGAGAUGGGUUUGUUUAACUGGCAUCUUGCGAAUCUGGAGUAUGCUAAUGCAGGUUUGGUUUCGAGGCUUUCGUUAGCGUUUUGGGAUCAAGAUGACCCGUAUGAUAUGGGAGGAGACCAUUGUUUUCUGCCUGGUGGGAAUGUUCGGUUAGUUCAGGCGUUAGCUGAGAACGUGCCUAUUCAGUAUGAGAAAACGGUUAAUGCUAUUCGGUAUGGUAGUGACGGGGUGCAGGUGGUGGUUGCUGGUGGCCAGGUUUAUGAAGGGGAUGUUGCUUUGUGUACUGUACCUCUUGGGGUGUUAAAAAGCGGUUCGAUUAAGUUUAACCCUGAGCUGCCUCAAAGAAAGCUUGAUGGGAUAAAUAGGCUAGGGUUCGGUUUGCUGAAUAAGGUUGCUAUGCUUUUUCCUCAGCUAUUUUGGGGGAGUGAUCUUGACAUGUUUGGGCAUCUCUCUGAAGAUCCUAGCCGCCGUGGUGAGUUCUUUUUGUUCUAUAGCUAUGCAACUGUAGCUGGUGGUCCAGUUUUGAUGGCCUUGGUAGCAGGAGAGGCUGCUCAUUCGUUUGAAAGCAUGCCACCCACUGAUGCUGUCACACGAGUUCUUCAAAUUCUUCGAGGUAUAUACGAACCACAAGGAAUCACUGUCCCCGAGCCAAUACAAACCAUAUGCACAAGAUGGGGAAGUGAUCCCUUCAGUUUAGGCUCAUACUCGAACGUUGCAGUGGGUGCAUCAGGGGAUGAUUAUGAUAUCAUCGCCGAAAGUGUAGGAGAUGGACGACUUUUCUUUGCAGGGGAAGCCACAACAAGGCGGUAUCCUGCCACGAUGCAUGGGGCUUUUCUUAGCGGCUUACGUGAAGCAGCAAAUAUUGUUCAUUAUGCUACUAAUCGAGCCCUAAGGGCCAAAAUUGAAAAAAAUCCAUCAAAAAAUGCACAUGCUUGUGCGUCCCUUCUCGCUGAUUUAUUCAGGGAUCCUGAUUUGGAGUUCGGAAGUUUUUCUGUUAUUUAUAAGAAGAAAAACACAAAUGAUAAAUCAAUGGCGAUUUUACGAGUGGUGUUUAGUGGGUCCAUAAAGAAGGCUCAAGAGGGUUCUAGACCGGAUCAACAGCAUUCUAAUAAUCUGUUAUUUCAACAACUCCAGUCCCAUUUUAAUCAACAACAAGAACUUCAUGUUUACGCGUUGUUAUCAAGAGAACAAGUGCUUGAGCUAAGAGAGGUGAAAGGAGGAGAUGAGAUGAGGUUAAAUUAUCUUUGUGAAAAGCUUGGAGUGAAGUUGGUUGGAAGAAAAGGUUUGGGACCUGCUGCUGAUGAGGUCAUUUCUUCAAUUAAGGCCGAGAGAAGCAAACGCAAGCCUUCUUUGGCUACAUCGACUCUUAAAUCUGGAACCUUAAAGCCUAAAUCGGCCUUGAAGAAAAGAUUGGUUAGAAAGGCGAAGAUAUUGCGCAACAACAAUGGUCCACUCCCUCCUAUCAAUAGAGAAGGGGUGGUAGUUAAAGCUGUUGGCAGUAACAAUGGGUCCAGUGCCUCUCAUAUUAAUCAAGAUGUAGAAGUUAAUAAAGUAGCUACCAGUAGCGUUGCCUCCAAUGGCUCUCCUGAUGUGGGUUCAGUGGCCAAAUCAGUCGUUAAUGGCACUAAUGCCUCUAUUGUAAAUACCGGUUCUGGAUCAAUAACUGAUCUUGCUCCAAGCUUAAAUGUGGAUUCUGGAGUAACCCAGAACAUUUCUUGUUCUAAUCCUCCAAAUGCUGAGUUAGAUGGCAACAUGUUGUAGCAGAUGAUGAGUUUUCUUGCAUAUAGAGGUACCAUAGCCAUAGAAUGACACAUUUUGCAUUUGCUGUUUAGGAAUUGUAGGUAUUUGUAAAACAUUGUAUACAUGUGACCCAUUGAGUUUAGAUCAACAUAUCAGUUCAUUUA